AUGACUACCAAUUUAUUCUCUCGCCUUUCCCGAGACUUUGGUGAAUUAUUGGAAUCUUCUUUUAAUUAUGAUGUUAUCAUUCAAGUAGGUGAACUCCCUCAUGUAGUGGAAUUCCAUGUACAUUCUAUUAUUCUUGCUACAAGGUCUCCUUAUUUUCGUUCGGCUUUAUCUGAUAAAUGGGCUACAAAACAAGAAAAUGAAUUAUCUGAAAUAUUAGAAUUCUUCAUUGCUUCAGAUGAACUAUUACUCGAUGAAAUCAUGAGUUAUAUUCAAGAAUACCUUCUCAAAAAUGAUGAAAUUUGGACAACAAAGAAUUCAGUCAAAAUAAGUCGUAUCCUUCCUGAUUGUUCUGUUAGUGCGAUAUUUCAAAAUUCUUCUUAUGGUCCCACUUUCGGAUAUCCUGAUUUAUUUAUAUCUUCAAAUUGCAAUCAAACUAAUAGUUCUGAUUGUAAUUGUAAUCAUUAUUAUGAAAAAAAUUUCAGCGUGACCGAUUUUUUUGUUGAAGAUUAUGAAGUUUUUCAAAUAAUAUCAAAACAUUAA